AUGACUUUUCCGUGCUGAUCUCUUCCCACUUCGGAAUUUCCCCUUGGAUAAUAAGUCAUAAAUCUGAAGAAAUGGCAUUCCCAGCAAUUUGCCUGUUGGUUGGAAUAUUUGUUUGUUCUAUCUGUGUAAAAGGAUCUUCUCAGCCCCAAGCAAGAGUUUAUUUAACAUUUGAUGAACUUCGAGAAACGAAGACAUCUGAGUACUUCAGCCUAACCCACCACCCUUUGGACUACAGGAUAUUAUUGAUGGAUGAAGAUCAGGACCGGAUAUAUGUGGGCAGCAAAGAUCACAUUCUUUCCUUGAAUAUUAACAAUAUAAGUCAGGAACCUUUGAGUGUUUUCUGGCCAGCAUCUACAAACAAAGUCGACGAGUGCAAAAUGGCUGGCAAAGAUCCCACACACGGCUGUGGGAACUUCGUUCGAGUGAUCCAGGCUUUCAACCGUACUCAUCUGUAUGUCUGUGGGAGUGGUGCUUUUAGCCCCGUCUGUACUUACUUGAACAGAGGCAGGAGAUCAGAGGAUCAAGUUUUCAUGAUUGACUCCAAGUGUGAAUCUGGAAAAGGACGCUGCUCUUUCAACCCCAAUGUGAACACAGUGUCUGUUAUGAUCAAUGAGGAGCUUUUCUCUGGAAUGUAUAUCGAUUUCAUGGGGACAGAUGCUGCUAUUUUCCGAAGUUUAACCAAGAGGAAUGCAGUCCGAACCGAUCAACACAAUUCCAAAUGGCUUAGUGAACCUAUGUUUGUGGAUGCACAUGUCAUCCCAGAUGGCACUGAUCCCAAUGAUGCAAAGGUGUAUUUCUUCUUCAAAGAGAAACUGACUGACAAUAGCAGAAGCACAAAACAGAUCCAUUCCAUGAUUGCUAGAAUAUGUCCUAAUGACACUGGUGGGCUGCGUAGCCUUGUCAACAAAUGGACUACCUUCUUAAAAGCAAGGCUGGUAUGCUCAGUAACAGAUGAAGAUGGCCCGGAAACAUACUUUGAUGAAUUAGAGGAUGUUUUUCUGCUGGAAACUGAUAACCCAAGGACAACACUAAUAUAUGGCAUUUUUACAACAUCAAGCUCAGUUUUUAAAGGAUCAGCAGUGUGUGUUUAUCAUUUAUCUGAUAUCCAGACUGUAUUUAAUGGACCUUUUGCCCACAAAGAAGGGCCCAAUCAUCAGCUGAUUUCCUAUCAGGGUAGAAUUCCAUAUCCUCGUCCUGGAACUUGUCCAGGAGGUGCAUUUACACCCAACCUACGAACCACCAAGGAGUUCCCAGAUGAUGUUGUCACUUUUAUUCGGAACCAUCCUCUGAUGUACAAUUCUAUUUACCCGAUCCACAGAAGACCCUUAAUUGUUCGUAUAGGCACCGACUACAAGUACACAAAGAUAGCUGUGGAUAGAGUGAACGCAGCAGAUGGUAGAUACCAUGUUCUUUUUCUCGGAACAGAUCGUGGUACUGUGCAGAAGGUGGUAGUUCUUCCUGCUAACAGCUCUUCCAGUGGCGAGCUCAUUCUGGAGGAGUUGGAAGUCUUUAAGAAUCAUGGUCCCAUAACAACAAUGAAAAUUUCAUCGAAAAAGCAACAGUUGUAUGUGAGCUCUAAUGAAGGGGUUUCCCAAGUGUCACUGCAUCGCUGCCACAUCUAUGGCACAGCCUGUGCUGACUGCUGCCUGGCCAGGGACCCUUACUGCGCCUGGGAUGGCCAUUCUUGUUCCAGGUUCUACCCAACAGGGAAGAGGAGAAGUCGAAGACAAGAUGUGAGACAUGGCAACCCACUGACUCAAUGCAGAGGAUUUAAUCUAAAAGCAUAUAGAAAUGCAGCUGAAAUUGUUCAGUAUGGGGUAAAAAAUAACACCACUUUCCUUGAGUGUGCCCCCAAGUCUCCACAGGCAUCUAUCAAGUGGCUGUUACAGAAAGACAAAGACAGGAGGAAAGAGGUCAAGCUGAAUGAACGGAUCAUAGCCACUUCGCAAGGACUCCUGAUUCGUUCCGUUCAGGAUUCUGACCAAGGACUGUAUCACUGCAUUGCAACAGAAAACAGCUUCAAGCAAACCAUAGCCAAGAUCAACUUCAAAGUUUUAGAUUCUGAGAUGGUAGCAGUUGUGACAGACAAAUGGUCCCCAUGGACCUGGGCCAGCUCAGUAAGGGCUCUACCCUUCCACCCAAAGGACAUCUUGGGAGCAUUCAGCCACUCUGAAAUGCAGAUGAUUAAUCAAUAUUGCAAAGACACAAGACAGCAACAUCAACAGGGAGAAGAUUCCCAAAAGAUGAGAGGGGACUAUGGCAAGUUAAAAGCACUCAUCAAUAGCCGGAAAAGUCGAAACAGAAGAAAUCAGUUGCCAGAGUCAUAAAUGUUGUCUCACCUGGGGCUUAAGCUUACUGUAGCAAAUAGUCCAUCUUUAAUUACCAAAUUUAGAAUCUUAGGUUUUACCCAUGGAAACAUCCUGAGAAUGGUGAUCGCUCACUCUUAAAGUGAAUGUUACAUGAACUGAAAUAAGCAUGCAUUUCCUUGUAUGAUAUUGACUAGCACUAGACAUGUCAUGGUCCUCAUGGUGCAUAUAAAUAUUUAACUUAAUCCAGAUUUUAUUUAUAUGUUUAUUUACCAUUUCUUCAAAAUCAAUACAGUGGCUAUAAAACUAAAAAUUUUAUAUCCCUUAAUUGAGCAAGGGCCAUAACCCUGGAUCUUCCUUUCUUGUUUUAGGGGUUUAGAUUUCUUAUUAUCAGCAAUUUUAUAUGUGAAAACAAAAUGCCAGGUUUACAACUUUUACAUACUAAGAGUUGUAUAAAUGCAUGUGAUAGAGUAACUGUAAGAAGGAAUGUAGAAUAGAUAAGAAAAAGGGAAGAGGCAUCUAAAAGUUUUACAGAACCUGAAUGAUCCACAAGAGAAAAUAAUUUUGUUUCCAGUGAAAUAUAUAAUUAUUUUUUAAGAUUUUAAAUGUUGUCAGUUGCUGAUAUCAAUCAUUAUUUUUUGUCCCCUUGUUUCAAGAAAUAAAAUGAAUGACCCUCACCAUAAAUACCUUCAUUGGAACUAUGUCAGUAAAGCAUUUAAGUUUAUAUUCUUACGUUAUCACCUUCCAAACAAAAGUGCUUUCUUUUCUUGGAAGUUAUUUAAGUUAUUUUUGACUCAAAGAAUAUAAUCUUAAACUGUUUGAUUACUGUGUUUGUUCUGACUUCUUGUUCUGUGUGACAAUUUAAACAAUAUAUGAAGAAAAAAUAUUUGACGUAUCAAACUUGUAUAUGAGGGGUGAAAUACAUUGGAAAAAUAUUAAAAAUGCAAUGUUAUUAAGAAGUUUGUAAAAAUUGGUUAUUUUUUUUAACUUCAGUAAUUAAUUUCACUGAUUAAUUCUCACAUCUUUCUUUUUUUAUUUACCAACCUCACAUAGCAUACACAUUUUUAAAAGUCACCAAUUCAAUUUUUAUGAUCCUUUGUUUGUUCUGAAGAGGUUCUUAAUAUGUCAAGAGGUGAAAAAAUUAACGUAAAUACAAAUAGACAUAUGUUCUUUAAGAAGAACAUUGGUCCAUUAUGUUCAAUGGUAUUUAAAUACAAAUAUGGUAAGUUUUGUGAUGAGUAAUAUAAUUAUCUUCUAAUUUUAUGUUUGAAUCAUUUUUUUAAUAAUUUGGCAUUGAGUUUUUUUUGUAUCAAUUAAUGGUUAGAUGAGAAAAUAUGAAAAAUUUCCUUAUAUUUUCUUAUUUCUCAAAAAUCACAAUAUUUGCUCUUGCAUGUUAUUGAAUUUUAAAGACAUUUUCAUGAUUCCAAGUGCAAACAAAUUGCAUCAUUUAUUAUUAAAUCAUGAAGGAGGUAAUCAAGGUAGAUAUAUCAUUUUUUAAAGCACUACACUCAAGAACUAAGAUUAUUGUCAAAAUGAAUGUUAUGAUUCAGAAUAUAAGAAUAUGAUAUAUUAUUUAAGUGGCAGUAAAUUUGUGAUGUAUAAGAGGAGACUUCCAUGGGGCAAAAAUAGCCUUACAAUACCCAACAUAAAAUUCAUUAAAAAAAAAUUAUUUUAAAAAGCGAUUGUUCAAAAUAUGUAUAAUUUUAAAGUAAUUCCUAAAGCAGGUUAUUGAACAAAUGGUUUACCUGUUUUAAGGUUAUAAUUAGAUUUUUUACUCCUCUAUAUGCACAAAUAGAAAUGUUACAGUAAUAAGCCAAGAUCAUCUUCAGUAUUUAUGACCAACUAUUCAGUGAACAGAGUUAGAACUGCCAAGUAUAAAGAGAAUUUUCUUUCUCAAAUAUAUUAACAUAUGAAUGUUGGUGGUUGGUUGGUUUUCUUUUGUGUAGUUUGACUAUUCUAUGACUUAAUAUGUUUUUCCAUUGCAUUGUACAUAAAAUUUCCUAGAAAUGCACUUUUUUUUCAAAGUGUAGUUUUGUGAAUAGAUUUUAGCAUGAUGAAAGUGUCCUUACAGUGAAUGUUCACUCUGUAAGAAAACAAAUGUAGUUAGUACAUUUAAUAUUUAAUUGGGUUUUGAAGAAUAACUUGCCUGGUAAAAUAAAACAUGUUGAAUUCCUCGCCAAAGCCAUUAACUUAUUCUUAAUCAGUUUGUAAAUGCUUUUUGACAUGAUAGAAACCUACUUAAUUUUAUAAUUUCUUUCUCUUAAGUUUUGUUUAUUUACAUAUUCAUUUUUGUGAAAGUAAUGCAUCUGGACAUUUCAAAAUUCAAAACUUCCAGAAGGAUAUACAUGGAAACCUCUCCUUAUACCACUACCCUUGUUUGCCCAAGUCCUAACCUAGAAACAUCCAAUGUUGUCAACUUCUAUGUGUAUUUUGAUAUUUUGUACACAUGCAUGCAAAUUCAUACUGUUUUCUCUCUUAGAGGCAGCUAUCUGUAGAGGUUAAUUCAGACUAUGUUGUGUCUACAGCAGAAAAAAAAAAAAAAAAGUAUAAUUUAAGAAUGCCUGGCCUGAGGAGCCAAAAUGCCUGGAUUUGAAUCCAAGCUCUUAUCUUUGGAAAGUAAUUGAAUUUCUUCCUGCCUUAAUAUUCUGUCCAACUUCAUAUUGGUAAAAUAUUA